AUAAUUCUCAGAGUAAUGUGAAAUAAGUGGACAAACUGGAUUCUGAUGAAAACUUCUGUGAAGUCAAAGUGCAGGUCAGGCCCAGCUCACCUGGACAGGCCAGGGUGGAGGUCAUGUGCUUCUCCAGCAGUCAUGUGACCUCAGGGUUUCAGGCCUGGCCUACUUUUCUACCAGCAACAAGGAUGUUUCCUGUCUCAACAUCUGACUGGUGCGUUUGUCUGCGUGUGAGAUGUGGAGAACAACCAAUGCCUGAAUCAGACACUGUGGAAGUUUGAGUGGAGAUAAACUCUGCUCACGUGUUCCAUGUCGUUAAACAGCUGCACCAAUGCACGUGCACGGGAUGGUGCCUUCACUGACAGAGGAUGGUGCCUUCGCGGACAGCUGCGGAAACGUCUCUCUUCGGGAAUCCGCGGGGCAUGUUUCACUUUAAACUUCCGCUGAACCGGUUUCCUUUAACGUGUUUACAUCUGGUUUCAAUACGACAAUGCCGACCGGAGCCUCUUCUGGUUUUCUGUGGGAUUAAAAGCUGGGAGCUGAGAUAAAAUUAAAACGCCUGUUUUCCGACUGGACCUGAACGUUACACGAUAAUAAUAAACAAUAUUAACUGUGUGUAAUUACUAUCACACUAAUACUGAUCAGUGCUGCUGAAAUACUCACAGUACUUUCAUGCAGGUUGGCCUCAACACCUUUGCAGAUACUUGUACCCUCUCAGAUAUUCGCAGUAUCCGUUAUAAUAAAGUAUUUCCAGAGUAGUUCUCUGCAGCAGCACCUGCACACACUUCAGCUCGGACCCCCGCGGCUGCAGCUCUCAUUGGCUGAGCUGCAGGUUUCCUCGUGUUAUCAAACUCCAGUAGAUCCGGUCGUGUCUGGGUGACGCGCCGCUGCCUUCGCUCCCGUCGAGGUGCGGACACCUGAAGGGAAACCGGAAUGUCCGCAGACACCGGGCACAGACUCAAGUCCAUGGCCGCUGCCAGCUCCCUGCCCCGGCUCCUCUUGUGCUGGUUAACCCCACUGCUGCAGCUCGGCCACAAACGCAGGCUGGAGGAAAGUGACAUGUACGACCUUCUUCCAGAGUUUCAGUCGGACGCACUCGGAGAGACGCUGCAGAGGUUGUGGGAUCAUGAAGUCAGGAUGUCCACGAAGGAACUUCGGAAACCAAACUUCACCAGAAUUCUGAUUCAGCGCUACGGGACGCAGUUUGCUCUGGUUGGGUUGAUUGGAUUUUCAAUGGAGGCCAUUAAAGUGCUCCAGCCACUUUUCCUGGGAAAAAUAAUCCUGUACUUUGAGAAUUACACCCCAGACGACAGCAGGAGUCUGUACAUGGUGUAUGGUUACGCCGCUGCAAUGUGUCUCUCCACCUUUGGACUGACUUUCCUCCAGCACAUCUACUACUACUACCUCCAGAUCACGGGCAUGAAGAUGCGAGUGGCCACGUGUCACAUGAUUUACAGGAAGGCUCUGAGUCUCAGCAGUGAAUCCAUGGGACAAACCACCACUGGACAAAUCGUGAACCUGAUUUCAAAUGACGCCAACCGCCUCGAUGAGAUUACACUCAAUCUGCACUACCUGUGGCUGGGACCUCUGCAGGCGAUGGUGAUCAUCGUUUUCCUUUGGUAUGAGAUCGGCCAGUCGUGUCUGGCAGGCGUGGCAGCCAUCGCCCUCAUGAUGCCUGUGCAGACCUGGUUUGGAAAACUCUUUGGGAUUUUCAGGAGCAGGACGAUCGUCCUCACUGACGACAGAAUUCGUUUCAUGAACGAAGUGGUGUCCGGCAUCAGGAUCAUCAAGAUGUACGCCUGGGAGAAACCUUUCUCCGCUCUGGUGACUGAAGUCAGAAGGAAAGAAAUCAGUCAGAUCCUGAAGAGCUCAUAUCUACGAGGACUCAACAUGGCGUCCUUCUUUGCCAGCAGCAAGAUCAUCGUCUUCGUCACCUUCACCGUCUACGUCCUGCUGGGAAACACCAUCACAGCCAGCACAGUGUUUGUCACCGUGUCCCUCUACGGAACAAUCAAGCUCACAGUCACGCUGUUCUUCCCUCUGGCUGUGGAGAAGUUGUCAGAGACGAUAGUCAGCAUCCGGAGGAUCCAGAAUUUCCUCCUGCUUCAAGAGGUUGAGAGAAAAACCUCAGGGCUGCCUCUGGAUGAAAAGAAUCCCAUCUCCAUUGAGAUUGAGAAGAUGACCUGCUACUGGGAUAAGAGUUUGGAUGCUCCAUCGCUCCAGAAUGUCUCUGUCGCUGUGAAGUCGCACCAACUUCUAACUGUGAUUGGACCAGUGGGUUCUGGAAAGUCAUCGCUGCUGAGUGCGAUCCUGAGAGAGCUGCCUCACGACACCGGGACGCUGGAGGUUAAAGGUCAGCUGUCCUACGUAUCCCAGCAGCCCUGGGUGUUCCCAGGGACCAUCCGGAGCAACAUCCUGUUUGGGGGAGAACUCAACCCCCAGAAGUAUGAGAGGGUCCUCAGAGGCUGCGCUCUGAAGAAGGACCUGGAGCUGCUCCCGGAUGGAGACCUGACACUGAUCGGAGACCGAGGCGCUACACUCAGCGGGGGGCAGAAAGCUCGAAUCAACCUGGCGAGGGCUGUGUAUCAGGAUGCAGAUAUCUACCUCCUGGACGACCCCUUAAGUGCCGUGGAUGCUGAGGUCGGGAAACAUCUUUUCGAGCAGUGUAUCUGUGGCCUGCUGAAGAACAAGUCUCGUAUCCUGGUCACCCACCAGCUGCAGCAUCUCAAGCCAAACGACCAGGUUCUGGUCCUCAAAGAGGGUCACGUCAUGGCGCAGGGAACCUACAAGGAGCUGCACUCGUCCGGACUGGACAUGAUGUCGCUGAUGAGGAGCGACGAGGAGCAGUGGCCCCCGUCAGGUGACUCAGACAAACUGUCGCUGCGCAGCCAGAGGACAAACUGCUCUCACAGCAGCCUCCUGCCGCCAGAGAGCCACCUGACAAACCAGCUCCCUGAUGAAACAGUCGGCACCGUGGCAGAGGAAACACGAGAAGAAGGAGACGUCAGUGGCCACGUUUACCUCAAGUACUUCACUGCCGGCUCCAGCCUCCUGGUCCUACUGGUCAUAGUCCUGCUCAGUGUCGUAGCUGAGGUUGCGUACAUUCUUCAGGACUGGUGGCUCGUAUACUGGGCGAGAGCCAAGUGUUUGAACAGCACAGCCUCUGUUAGCUUUGCAAAUGGAAUCAACUUGACUCACACAGAUGAACAGUUCACGCUCACCUUUUACCUCAGCAUUUACUCAGGUCUGACAGCAGCUGCCGUGAUCUUUGGCUAUGCCCGGAGUUUAGUGAUCUUUCAUGGGCUGGUGCGAUCGGCUCAGACGCUUCACAACAGCAUGUUCAACGCUGUCCUCCGCACGCCUGUUCACUUCUUUGACAUCAACCCUAUCGGAAGAAUUCUCAACAGGUUUUCCAAAGACAUCAGCCAGAUGGACUCGAUGUUACCCAUCACCUUUGUGGACUUCUAUCAGUUAUUUCUGCAGAAUACCGGCGUGGUGGCGGUGGCAGUCUCGGUCAUCCCUCUCAUCCUGAUCCCCAUCAUCCCUCUGAUUCUUCUCUUCUUGUACUUGAGGCGUUUCUACCUCAGCACAUCACGAGAUGUCAAACGUCUGGAGUCUACAACGCGCAGUCCCGUCUUGUCCCAUCUGUCUACGUCUCUUCAAGGCCUGUGGACGAUUCGAGCCUUCAGAGCUGAGGAGAGGUUAAAGAAGGCCUUCGAUGCUCAUCAGGACCUGCAUUCAGAGGCAUGGUUUUUAUUUCUGAUGACCUCUCGCUGGUUUGCACUUUGCCUUGACAGCAUUUGUGCCAUAUUUAUCACUUGCACAGCAUUUGUUUGCAUCUUCCUCAGAGACGGUGAGGAUCUUAUAUGCACACAGACAUUAUUACUAUACUUUGUUGUCUUUUGGACGAGUGUUUUAUGCCAUAUUUAGUUAAAACGGCAUAAAAACAGAUGGUAUGUCUUAUAAAACCUCAUUAAAACAUUGGCAU